AUAAGGCUUAGAGUAAAGAUCUUAUCUCAAAAUGUUUAAUGCCGCAACAACCAGUUUCACCACUUAGCAAUCUUCAAUCACUUCAAAACAGGUAAUGACGGCACUGACUAAGUAAGUUACGUACACUGUAAAUUUCAGGGAGUUAAUUCAACUCCAGUGGUAUUAUUCUGAACCUAAUUUUACUCCACAUUUGGAGUUAAUUGAGGUACAGUAUAACUCCACCGGAGUUAACUUAACUCCCUGAAAUUAACAGUGUACGUAAACCGCGGCGAAUAUAAUGUCACAAUUAGUUUGCAAAUAGCAGUAUAGCCCUUAGUACGCUAUCGGUUCAUUUGGAAAUGCUUUUAGGAAACAGUGCAAUUUUUUAAAUAGUCCUUAGAAGUGCUUACGUCACACGGUUUUUCCUACAUGAUUCCGGCAAUAUUGCAUUCCAAUUUAUUGUUGGACACUAGCGUGGCGUAUGCACCUCUAAGGUCUAUUGCACGUGGGCUCAAGUAGGCAAGCAUCUCGUGUUACUUUAAAACUUAGAACUAGUGAGCUGGCCGUCCGAAUAUUAGAUUGUUGCAAUUAUUUUUUGGAAGAUAUGGACGAUAAACGUGAACAAGGUCAAGGUAUGUAGCUUCGUGCAUAUAAUUUGCAUCUAAGUUUCGACAUCUAUAUGCUUCGUGCAUAUAAUUUGCAUCUAAAUUUCAACCAUCUCAUGAUUGAGAAACUUUAUAAAUAUUCAUGACUAUAAAACACGUGGAGUCGUUAUAAAACAGUACAAAACUCAAAAGGAUCUGUUUUAGUAAUGAGGUCCAUUUUAUAUUUCAAAUAGAUCGGGGGGAAAUCUUUGAUGAUGGCAAAAAGGAGUCAUUGGAACAGGCACAGAAGUUCAAUUCCUUUUUACAGCCUGUUGCUCCUGCACCAAGAACAACUAAUGCGCCUAAGAGGAAGUUGGAGCAACAGUUACCACCAAUAAAAAAAAGAAAAAAGAAAAGAAAAAAGAAGGGCAGAAUUUCUAAAGGAAAGGAAGAAAAAAGGGGAAGAAAGUCUCCCAAAGAAUGUGAAGGCAGUGGUUGGGAUACAGAAGUCUGGACUUCUGACUCUGAAAACAAUGAUGAUCCUACUUUUGCUAACCCUACUUCUGCUACCCCUACUCCUGCUGACCCUGCUGAUACUCCACCACCACUAGUAAGACAAGAUGCAAUGCCAUCACACUAUUUUUUCUGAUAUAUAUAUAUAUAUAUAUAUAUAUAUAUAUAUAUAUAUAUAUAUAUAUAUAUAUAUAUAUAUAUAUAUAUAUAUAUAUAUGUAUAUAUGUAUGUAUGUAUAUAUGUAUUGUAUAUAUAUAUAUGCAAUACUUAUGUUAAACAAAUCAUGAUCUGACCUGUGAUCCGAAGCAUUAAAUGUAGCUCAUCCAAUACAACAUUUUCAAGUUUAACUUCAAGCAAUGGCUUGUGUUGGCAUGAAAACUGAUUCUUUAGGGCACAAUCUUGGAUGUCCUUCAGUGAGCGACAGUUGUGCAUUUCCCAGAAAUCCAUUGGCUUGGACAUGUCCCAUCUAAAAUCAGUAUCACAACAUUCUAAUAUUAUUAUUUUAUUAAUGCAGUAAUCUGUAUAUAAUACAUUUUGUGAAUCUGAAUUAUUUAUAGUUUUUAACCCUUUAAGUGGCAAAUUUGCCCAGAUGUGCCCUACUUUAUUAUUUUACUCUGUCUAACGCCAGACAAGCUUACUCGUCAGGGGGAAUGUGCCACUCAACGGGUUAAAUAAAUUAUUCAGAUAAUUUCAUAAACUGCAUUACACAGAAAAAUAUUGCUGAAUUAAGCUAACUUUCCUACUGUUGCAUUUAAUUGAUACCUUAACAGGGAUUUUUUCAGGGAUUUUUUAGGGCCGUUAAACGGCACCAAAAACUCAAUCUUGUAUUGAGUUUUGAAACUCAAUCUUCUCACCAAAGUUUCAGUGCAGUAAAAAUAAAGUUGUUUGAGUUAUAAAAUGUUGUGACGUGUGGAAAUUAGUUUUCAGUUGGAAGCCCGACAAGCCAUCUUUAACCAUUUUAUAGUCAUAUAGUGUCCCUGCUUUAACACAUUCCGUCUCAAUUACAUUUAUUAAGUACAGGUGUCAGCCCCCGGUAGGGGGGGGGGGGGUGCAGCCACCCCAACUGUUCAGCUAAACUCAAUCUUCUCUGCAAAAACGGACCCAAGAGAAAAUCCUAGAAAAAACCCUGCUUAAUAACUUGUGUAUUUUACACCAAAUACAAGCAUAAUCUGAGGUGGCUCCCUUAAAACCAAGUAUCAACAACAGAAACUAAAAUAUAAAAACAUAUAUGAUAUAUAAUAUGCCGGUACAUAAUUAAUAUUUAAUAAAUAUAUAAUUAAAGUUCAUACUAUGUAUGUACAUGUAACCCUGACACAGUACUUGGGCACGAACAAACUUAUUUUACAAAACCAAUAGAAUAAUGCCUGAAUGCUAACUUUAGAGGUAAGGCCCAUAAUUGGGAAUUCAAUGCACUUGUUUGAUGAAGUACUGCAUUCAGAUCAGUAGCCAAGCACUGUGUGAAGUUGGUACCUAUGGUGCAAAUAUUACCUUGUAAUCACCUCCAACAAAUAUUUCAAUGGGGACAUCUUUAUCCUUGAUUUUGAUUUUCCCUGCUCUUACCAACUUGUUGAUGUCACCAAAUAUCUUUGAACAUGACAUUUUCAGAAGAUCAUAGUCCUCAUGGCCCUUGAUAAUGGCACCUGUAUGGUUCCCUAAAUGAAAAAUACAAGCAAAACAGUAUAUUUAAGCCAUUGAGUCACAUUGCAUUUAUUAUUUUACUCUGUCUAAUGCCUGACCAUUUUACUUGUCAAGGGAGAGCGCUUGCGCUUAAUGGGUUAACUGGCCUAUCUGCCUAUGUGUCUAAUUAAUUGAGUCGCAUUGCACCCUAGUUUAUUAUUUUACUCCAUCUAACGCCAGAUGAUUUACUUGUUCAAGGGGAGAGCGCUGGCGCUUAAUAGGUUAAUAAAAUAAAUUAAAACUGACAUAGUUAGAUUUUACAUUAACAAUAUUUGACUAGUACACAAACUGAAUCCACUAAAGAUAAACAAAAUUAUAGGGGAAUACCUUUUGAUGACAUCACAGUAUCUUCGGCAUUCAAUAUUGAAAAGCUGAUAAUUAUAAAAUUGGUCAGUCUAGUCAUCUUUGCCCCAUCGCCACUGAUUUUCACCUUAAUCACAGUAUUUCCGAGUUCUUCAUUUGCCUCUAUCUGAAAAUUGAAGGUUGUGACAUGAGUAAAUGUUUUUAUAAUUGUAAAAUAUUAUCAAAUAUUCAUUGGAUCUCUGAUGAUUUGAACAUUGUAAACAAGUCAACUUUUGCCUCAGGCCAAGAGUGAUCUUCAGGCCCAAGCUCGGAAUGGCUAUAUUGUGCCAGACAACAAUAUUUCUGACCAUAUGAUAACUAUAUUUCAGAAUAAAACUUACCAUUUCGUCACUAGUAAUCGACGUAUUUACACAUUGGAGCUGUGAUACUUAGCUUUGCAAAUCAUUUACCAAAGCAACAGUGCUAAGUUCGCUGUGACGAACAGCAACACUCUUUACGUUUGCAAGUAGAUUUUGCCGAGAUCCCCCACGUUUCCCGAAAAGUUGUUUUGCUACUUUCGUGCAAAGAAUACGUAAGCGUUCAUCGACUCUUGAACAGUUUUCCUGAAUCUUUAUUGAAUACUUUUUGCCAAUAAAUGCAUUCAAUAUUUGUAGGUACGUGCAUUCAGUCAAUGUAGUUUGCUUUACAUUGUGCCAACUGUUUAGUUGUUCGAACGGAAUGUGAAGCGUAAAGGCAAUCUCUUCAAUAUCAACUUCGGAUCUUUUAAUCAAGUUUGGGAAAUGCAUAGAUACCCAGAGCAUUUGCCAUAAAUUUGCAUUAAAUUUGUAUUAAAUUUGCAUGUCAGAGAAGGCAAGAGACCGAUUCUAAUUUCCCGCUACAAUGCGCGAUAUUCGCUGUCGUGAGUUACCAUAGUAACGAGACAGGAAGUAAAUAUGCAAAGGGAAUGUACGCUGAGCAGUAACACGCCUUCUCGCAUUGUAUUAUGAAAGAAUGCUCUGUUUCUGAGCUUUAUUUUGGUGUAUUGCUCGACGAAUUCCAACAAAUAUAACAUUGAAAACUUUGCGUUCAAAGACAAGACAUUCGAGUUUCACGUUCCAACUUACAGUCUCAAAGUAUUUCUGUCUUUGAGCUUAAAACAUCGCUUUUUGAUGAACAUAAAUGACACAUCAAACAACGUAUAUUUUACCAAAUGGAAAGGCCAUUGUGUGGUAUAUUAUUCAAACUUCGCAAUGCAAACAGAACAAAUGGAAAAGUAAUGCUGAGAAACUUACUGGAGGUCCUUCAAUAUCAUGAAAUUCGGGAUUUUCGUCAUAUUUCCACAGGUUAGUAUAGAAUAGUAUGCCUAUAUUUUCUAGUUCGGUUAUUUUAAUUUAUGCAGGGGCAGAUCUAGCUUAGAAUCUGACCGUAUCAUAUUCCUAGGUCUCGCAUAACUAGGGGGAUCCGGGGGCAUGCCCACCAGGAAAUUUUUUGAAAUUUGAACCCCGAAAAUGCCAUUUCCUGCGUUGUGAGCUGAUGAUUCUGUCCUAAAAUUUGGCCUGCACCUAUCAUUUGUUUCCACCACCCCUGGGAGGGCGGGCAGACCCAGGGGCAUUUGACAAUUUUAAUUUUUUUCUGUCAAAUUCCCCACCCACAAGUUGGAUUUAGUUGUCAAAUACCCCUACCAUGGGGGAACAAUUUAAAUCUACAUUAAUGCGUUUAUUAAGUGUACCUUUUAUUGUAUUAAAGUGUAUAACAAUUUAAAUAGUAAGUUUCACAAUAACUUAAAUUAUCCAGUGAAAGUUAAAUUUCCCAUCUGUUUUCAGCGAAACAACGCCUGGCAUCCUACUGAAUACAUUUAUGAACAUAGAACACAAAAACAUGUAGUUUAGUUUACAGGAUAUCACAGAACAGCAUAAAGAAGUUGCUUUUCACUUUGAAAGCAUGCACAUAUUUUAAUACAUUAUAGAACAAAUAUAUAGUAGAAAAGAAAUUAAAAUAAAAACACUCACCUUUGAAUAUUACUGCAACUUCAUGCAAAUCGCUAUCCUCCAAAAAUGAAAAAACAUCUUCCACAGAAAGGUUCUCCAUAGUGGCGAAUUUUUAACUUUUUAUUAAACUUCUUUACAGUAAAAAUUUAAUACAUGUAUGCUGUUUUAUAUACUUUGACUUCCGGUUUCGCGCGUUUGUCAAUUGCCCGACUCUUGGGUUGCAUUUUUCUGUCAAACGCCUGUCGCUCGGGAACGAAUUUGUUGUCAAAUCCCCCAGGGAUGCCCGCCUGUAAUAUUAUUAUAGGCAUAAUUUAUGUUAUAAAUUAUAGAGUAAUUAGGUAUUAAUUAUGGACACAUCCGGGUAAUGGAUUACUAUAUAAACAAGAACGAACUUAGAUAUUAGGUUAUAUCAAAAUACGUACACACUUGUAUCGAUCGAAAGUUAGUGAUUAACAAUACUUUUACAUGGUGUCAGGUGUGGGAUUUGUGCUGUUUAUUAGCCUUAGCUAGGCUAACGGCAUAAAGACACUAAUUCAAACCAAAGUAAUUUGCUCUGGUAUACGAGAAAAAAGCCGAUUGAGUUUUCAAUUCAAAUAUGGCGACAAGCGGAGCAUACAUUGACAAAGGUCCUUCUAUAGACUGGAGCACGGAUGACAACAUAUAUGGCCGCUUUAAAAUGUGGAAGCAAAGAUGCGAACUGCUACUCACGGGCCCGAUGGCAACAAUGUCAGAAGAAGUGAAAUGUAAACAUUUGUUAUACUGGUCUGGCGAACGUGGCAUGGAGCUAUUCAACAGUUGGGACUUGUCAGCAGAAGAUCAGAAAAAGCUAGUCAAUUAUUGGGAGAAAUUUGAAAACUACGCAAAGCCGCAUUCAAAUGAACUGCUUGCAGUUUGGGAACUGCAUAACCUUCGGCAAGGUAUGUUAUCUCUUGAAGAUUUUAUCACUAAACUAAGGAUUCUCAUUAAAGAAGCAAACUACCCAGCCGAACACUAUGACCGAUUCCUUAGAGACUUCUUAGUCCUCGGAAUUAAUUCUGACCGUGUUCGAAAAGAUUGUUUUAAGGAAGGGAACACCCUGACAUUUAGCACAGCCAGGGAAAUGGCAAAAACCGAUGAGUCGGCAGAAAGACAACUGCAAUUAAUGAAUGCUAGUGAAGUAAAUAACAUUGCAUCAAUUAGGGACAAAAGAUAUCAAAACCGAAGAAAUCAAGUUAGACAUAACCCUAGGUCUGGCAUUGGAAAAGGGCAACAGUGUAGGAACUGCGGUCGGGGAUCACAUUCUCAAGAUCAGUGUCCUGCCAAAAACAUGACAUGCCACUACUGUCAGAAAGUAGGACACUUUGCUAAAGUAUGUUUGUCAAAGUUAAGGAAUAAGAAUGUACAUGAAGUUGAAGCCCUUGCUGAUAAUAUACAACAAAAUCAGCUGCAAUCACCUUGUGUGGGAGAGGAACAAUUUGUAUUCCUAGGACCAGUUGUUGCCACACCUUUGGCUGCUCAAGUGCAUAAUGUGUCAUGCAAGGAGAAAGCAUUAUUAGAAGUUUCUAUUUCCCUGAAUAAUGAAGGGAUGCAAUCGCAUGUUGUAUGCAAAAUAGAUUCUGGUGCCGAGACAAAUAUUUUGCCCAUGUCCAUAUAUCAACAGUUGAAACAUGAAUCACAUAAGUUAGGAAAGCCUACAAUGAAAUUGACGGCUUAUGGUGGGGCUGAACUACCAAACCUGGGAUCAUGCUUUGUCUUUGUAAAGGUACCGGAUAUCCAGAAAUUAUGGAAAAUCCAGGUGCAAGUUGUUGAUGUUAAUGGCCCUAUGAUAAUUGGCAAUAAGUCUGCACAAAAUUUGGGUCUCUUAAAGCUCAAUUGGGCCAUUUAUGUUGGGAAUCAUGAUAAUAGCUUCAACAGACACAUCAGUAACACCAGUGCCACCACCAGUAACCAACCCAGCAGUAACCAUCAACCACCAGUAUCAACAACCAUGUCUCAUCCACCAUUAUCGACCGCCAGACCACCACCUAAAGUAUCGGCCAAGCAACUCAACAGUACAACUAGCCCCCUUGAUGAUAACCCUCCAGAUGUGCGGGGGAAACGUCCUUUUCCACUAACCAAAGAGUAUCUUUUAGAGGAGUACUCGGAUGUGUUUACAGGAGUCGGUUGUUUUCCUGGAGAUCCAUACCAUAUUGAAAUGAUUCCUGAUGCAGUUCCUGUACAACACGCCCCCAGACAAGUGCCAAUUCAAUUGCAAACACCAUACAAAGAUGAGCUGGACAAGUUAGUAGAGUCUGGGAUUUUAAGCGAAGUCCAGAAUGAAUAUACCCCAUGGGUCAAUUCAACCGUAGUUACACAAAAGCCCAAUGGAACCAUUCGCCUAUGUUUGGAUCCUCGCGAUCUUAACAAAGUGAUCAAGCGGAACCCAUACUAUGUCAGAACCAUAGAUGAUGUCAUACCAAAAGUCAGUGGUGCAACCCACUUCAGUAUCCUAGAUGCACGUUGUGGAUGUUGGCAAGUCGAACUCGACGAAGAGAGCAGUCGUCUGUGCACUUUCAACACCCCAUGGGGCAAGUACAGAUGGAACAGAGUCCCAUUUGGACUCACCUGCAGUGGUGAUAUAUUCCAAGAAAAGAUGGAUGCGACUUUUGGUAAAUUAGAUGGCUUAAGUGGGAUUGCAGAUGACACCUUCAUCUAUGGAAAGAAUGAAGCUGAGCACGAUCAACGCAUAAUCGACGUCCUUGAAACCGCAAGAAAGAACAAUGUACGAUUCAACCCAGAUAAAUUUCAGUUUAAAGUAGAAGAAGCAUCGUUUUUUGGGCUAACGUGGACCCCUGGUGGAAUUAAACCCGACGAACAUAAGAUCAAAUCUAUUAGAGACAUGCCCAGCCCAAGUAAUUUAACAGAGCUGCAAUCGUUUUUGGGAAUGGUGAACUACUUGAACAGAUUUUCUCCAAUCUUAUCCCAGAUAUCAUUGCCUUUGCGACAGAUGACGAAAAAAGAUGUACCAUUUAUGUGGCAACCAGAGCAGCAACAAGCUUUCCAAGAGUUGAAGCAAGUAAUUACAGAAGCUCCAGUUCUAUCCUAUUACAAUCCUGAGAAGAAAAAUUUGAUCCAGUCAGAUGCAAGUUUAAAAGGAAUUGGGUGUGUGUUGAUGCAAGAUGGUAAGCCAGUAUGCUAUGCAAGUCGGUCACUGAGCGAAACCGAGUCACGGUACAGCAAUAUUGAGCGAGAACUGUUGGCUGCCUGCUGGUCCCUGGAGAAAUUUAAUCAUUAUGUGUUUGGCAAGAAGGUGGUAAGCGAGACAGACCACAAACCGUUAGAAAGCAUAUGGAAGAAGAGUAUCACUAGUGCAUCGCCUCGCCUACAGAGACUUCUCCUGAGAAUGUCGAAGUAUGAUGUUGAUCUACGAUAUAUCGAGGGCAAGAAGAAUGUAAUCGCGGAUGCCUUGUCCCGAGUCAGCUGCAUGGAGCCACCUGUAGAUGGAAAUGAAGUGCCGUUGAUAGAAAUCAAUGAAAUUUCGAGUACAUUACCAGCAAGUCCAACAAAAUUGGACGAAAUACGGGAGCAAACAAGACAAGAUGCUACCUUGGAUCACUUGAAAGAAGUUAUACACCACAGAUGGCCUGAGUAUCCUAGCCAGUGUCCUUCUGACUUGAAGGAAUUUUGGAACUUUCGCGAAGAUCUUAGUGUUGAAAACGGCUUGGUACUGAAACGACAUCGUCUUGUGAUUCCAAGCAAACUCCGUCAACAGAUGUUACAAAUUGUGCAUCAGGGCCAUAUGGGCACAGAGAAAUGCCUUCUGAAGGCGAAAGACUGCUUGUUUUGGCCUGGGAUUUCGAAUGAUAUUAAGAAGAUGACAACUACUUGUUCCACCUGUUUGCAAUACUCGAAACAGCAAUCGAAAGAACCGCUACACCCUCAUAACGUUCCAAGUUUUCCCUGGCAAAAGGUUGGAACAGACCUUCUUGAGUACAAAGGAGCACAAUACCUGCUGGUAGCAGAUUAUUACAGUAAAUAUCCAAUUUUACGAAAGUUGAAUGGAACGACAUCAAAUGCUGUCAUCAACCAAUUAAAGUCAAUAUUUGCAGAAUAUGGAAUACCUGAAACGCUAGUAUCAGACAAUGGCCCACAAUAUAGCAGUCGAGAGUUUUCAACCUUCUGUAGCCAUUGGGGCAUUGGCCAUAGUACAAGCUCACCACUGUAUCCUCGAAGUAACGGUUUUGUAGAACGAAUGGUUCAAACUGUAAAGAACUUACUAUGCAAGUCGGAAGCUGCAGGUGAAGACCCAUAUCUUGCAUUACUUACAUAUCGGACAACACCCGUAGACAACAACUUACCGUCACCAGCCAAGCUACUAAAUCAACGAGAAUAUCGGACAUUAUUACCUUGUAGCGGAAGGCUACAACGAUGCCAAACAACGCCAGCAAAUCAAGAACAGCUUCAGCUGCGUCAAGAUGUUCAGAAACGUCAGCAUGAUGUGAACUCUCCACGUGUGUUGUCUAAGCUGCUACCAGAGCAGAAAGUGGUGGUAUUCCAGCCUCGAAAGAAAACGUGGACUCCAGGAAAGGUCAUUCAAGAAUCAAACAAGCCAAGAUCGUAUGUGGUUGAAACACCCAACGGGGGCGAAGUUCGACGUAACAGGAUACACCUAAAACCUGUAAUCGAGGAUGGCAGACAACCAGAAAUAGACCAUAUGACGAGUGGGCAAGACUGUUCAAGUUCUAGUUUACAAGAAAAGAUUCGUACCAGUGAACCUAACCUGGAAACAGCAAACAAAAGCAGAAAACUAGAAACAGACAUAUCAGGUGAUGAUCACCCUGUGACAACCAGAAGUGGCCGUAUUAUAAAGAAGCCAACUAGAUUGAAUUUAUAAGACUGUAUAAACUUUCGGACACGAAGGACCAAAACAAGAAAAAAAAAAUACUAAACUUAGUAGGUAAUUUCGAUAAAUAUAUGUAAUCAUACUUUAGGGAAGAGAUGUAAUAUUAUUAUAGGCAUAAUUUAUGUUAUAAAUUAUAGAGUAAUUAGGUAUUAAUUAUGGACACAUCCGGGUAAUGGAUUACUAUAUAAACAAGAACGAACUUAGAUAUUAGGUUAUAUCAAAGUACGUACACACUUGUAUUGAUCGAAAGUUAGUGAUUAACAAUACUUUUACAUGUAAAGUGGAAAACUGGAACAAGACAUUCAACCAUGAAGCAUAUGUUCUUUCCAUGCAUGAACAAAAUUUCAAAUAAAACUUUUAUAUUUACAAAAUGUUUUAAAAUGCCCUCAAAAUUUAAAUGUUGUGAGUGUUAUAAACUGCAAUAAUAUCUAGUGCAGAAGGCCGAAGUGAAGGGGUAUAAUUGAAGUAUUUUCUGAUGACUUCCUUCAUGGGUAUCUGCACACUUUCCAGGUGGGAGGGCUGAUCAUGAUUUUGCAGCUUCCUUUUGAGCAUGUUGCAUGGCAUCUCAUCAUUCAAAGUAUUGGUUUCAUAUUGAAGUACCAGCCCACUGUCCCAAAUGUCCCUCUUCCGAUUUCACUGUUGAUAUUUAAAUCGAAAUCGGACUUUUUAACAAUAGGUAGCAUGGGCUUGUAAUUUUCUGUAUCCUUAUCUGUAUUGGCUACAUUAGAACCAGACGUUGACUCUUUAAUGUACCUGCUUUCUGUGUUUAAACUGCCACUUUUUGGUAUGUUUACUUGAGCAGAAAUCUCUGUAAACUUUCUGACCUCGAUACUCUGAGACGUUUCAGAAACACUACGAUGGUGCACCGUAACAGUGUAUUUUCUGGAACUCCGAACAAAAAUGCAACAGCAGUUUUUGCCUGUUUUAAUUUUGACACCGUCUCUAUGCCAGGAGUAGGAAGCAUCGUCAGACAUGUAUUUUGAUGAAACAACACCAAUUAUCAAUUCAUCGCCAUCAAAACCCCAAACUUCACUUGGGUGGUGAAGAAUAAUGUUCUGCUUCUCUUCUGCAUGUGAAUUGGGAUAGUGGUAGGUCGCGACAUUAUUUCCAGAUUAGUCUAAGGUUAAACUUAGCUGCUGUAGAAAACACACACCAUCUUAAUUCCGAUCACACUAAAACCCUCGCCCAAAGGAUCGUAUUCUUCUGCUUUUUCUAUAAUCUCGGGAUCUAGCGUGGAUGACGCUUCAAAGCACUCAGACUUAGAAACACACUGGUGUCAACUAAUCACUUGCGAAUAUGAUGACUGUACAAACCUUUCGUAUGUGAUCGCGAUGUAAUGUUCUUCGUAUUCUUUAUCAGAACACAGCAAUUUCCCAUUGGAAUCACAAACAUUGUACAAGCUUUUCACACGCUUGCUACUUGUGAAUGAUGACGUUGGGGUGCUUUCAUCGAGUGGUAAAUCAUGUUCUAGUGUUAACUGUUUUUCAUCAUUGUGUUCCAUUUUGCCCUCACUUUCACAUUUUCCUGAUGUCAUUAGAUAAACAUAACAUAUGCUUGCAAACAGGCCGUGGGAUUUCAGAUAUGUGAAAAAAUCACUCUCUUUUCUAUUUUUUCUUGUGAAAAAUUUCCCAAGCUACAGUCCAUUGAAGACAGAGGGCCUUUCUUGCUCACUCCACAAGGAAAAAAAUAACUUUGCUCCUUUUUAGUGCAAAGUCCGGCUUGGACUAUUGUUAGUAGAAAAAUUGUUAGUAGAGUGACUGGUCAAUAGAUCUAUCUAUAGUGUAAACAAUCCGGGGGGUGUACACGAAUUAUGUUCGUGGUGAUUUAUUGUACUUAGUCAGUGCUUUGAAGGUUGUUUAGGCAAUUUCAGUUGUCUUAUUUCAAUAUUCUUUAGGCUUUUUGCCAAGUUCACAAAAAUUUCGAGGAAUCAUUGUCGUUAUAGUAAAUUUUAGACCAAUUUGCUUUUCAUGUUGUGCAAAGGAUCUUUCCCCUGGAACACCCAAUUUUUUCUUUAGCAGCGCAAAUGUACAUGCACUAUCAAGCUGUAGAUCAAUGAUGGCGUGACAAUGUUACGAAAUGCUACGAAGGAGCGAUACAGUUUUGUUUUCAAAUAUAUUAAAAUAUUUCAGACGUGAACAUUAUUAAGUAAAUCUUUGAGAAUCUACGCAAUAUAUAAAUUGAUGUCAUGCAUUAAUAUGGACAUUCAAUCAAGACCCAAGUACGGAUAUUAUUUAGAUGGUAUAUUCAUUAUACAGAGCUGGGAAGGAGCUAGACAGUGCUUUUUUUCAAAUGUAUAAAUAUUUCAGACAUAAAUAUUGAGAAAACCUUUGAGAUUCUAGGCAUUCAAUUAAGUGUCUAUAUUAUUUUGACGGUAUAUUCAUUAUACAGAGCUGUGAAGGAGCGAUACAGUACAUGAUACAGAUACAUGAGAAAAUCUUUGAGAUUCUAGGCAUUCAAUUAAGUGUUGAAUAUUAUUUUGACAGUAUAUUCAUUAUACAGAGCUAGGAGGGAGCAAUAAUAUUUAAACAUUUCAGACAUGAAUAUUGAGAAAAUCUUUCAGAUUCUACGCAAUAUUUAUAUAAAUUGAUGUUUUGUAUUUUACCGGCAUUCAAUUAAUACUUACAGUAACCUUUUAUAAGUGCCAAUAUAUAUUGUUUAGACCGUAUAUUCAUUAUACAUCUACUGUAUAAGGUGCUACACCACAGAGUUGAUGGCUACACUCAGUACAAAGUCAAAGAGUGAAAAAUUGCAUCAGAUCAGUAGAGUAUUAAACAAUUAUUACAUUGUAAUACCAUAAACAGAAGCGGGUGUUUGUAUGAUUGUAUGGCAUUUACGAAGAAAAUAACCAACAAAAUAACUUGCGAGACUAUAAAAGAAAAUCUCUUGACUGGUCAGAGCUCUUUAUUCAAACGAAAAAGACGAGGACUCAGAUAGCCAAUGUGUUACCACCAACCGCUUGACUUCCCAGCAAGCUUUAUGAAAUAGAAGAAAAACGCAAGGAGCUAUCCAACAUGUACAGUUACGGGUCUUGUUCACAUGUCUGGUACAACGGUUCAAACUCGUGUUCACUGCUAUAAACACUGCUAUAUUAAACUGUUAAACUAUUGACAUCUAAAGUGACAUUAUUGAAUACUUGCGAAAAGCUUAAAAUGACUCAUGAAAAAUUCUCACGAAAAACAACUUGAACUGAUCUUGGGAAUAUAAAGUCAAAUAUGGCAAUCGAUACGAUUCAAAAUACAAUGACGCACUUAUAUUACUUUGAGAGUUAGAUUUUCCUUUUAAUUUUCCGUUUACACAUUUAGAUAACGAGCUCCGCUUAAUGCUACUAUUACUUUAUUUCAAUAAAUUUAAAUACCUAUGUAUCGUUACACGCAAAAAUUACAUAUGAAUAAUUACCAUGGAAAUAUGGAGAACAUUACCUAUGCAAAAUUUAGUCAUGAACAUAACAUUUAAUUAUGUAGGCUAAAGUUACAUACCUAACUGUCAACACUCUUAAAUAGAAUCACAUAGGUAAAUUUACCUACGUAACUGUCAACACUCGUAAAUAGAAUCACAUAGGUAAAUUUACCUACGUAACUGUCAACACUCGUAAAUAUAAUUACAUAGGUAAAUUUACCUACAUAACUGUCAACACUCAUUUAAUUAAGUACAUAUAGUCAUAGGGUGUGUAAAUGUCAGCAAUCAUAUUAACACAGGACAAGGUAUUUAGUACUAAAGCACGCUUGGCUUUUCUUGAUUGUUUAUUAGUAAAUCUUUAUUAUAAGUACAAUAAUAUAGUAGGCCUAUAUUUGUUUUAGUUACACAUACAAUUCUAGAAUUGGUACCAAAUCAUAAGUUUACAAUGUAAAGGUUAUCCCUCGACUUUCCAACAAAAUGCGAGUUCUCUUGACUUUAACCUACAAGCUGUAUUGAAACUUUGGCUUCUGACAGUCUUGCUGUGGAAUCAAUGCCAAUGACAAUACUGUACAGGAGAACAACAACUUCAUGAAUCACUUUGUUCUAAAACUGCAAGAAAUAAAUACAUUAUAAACGGUGUUAACAAUCACAGUCCUCCUCUCAAUAUUUUAUGGAUUAAACACAACAAUUAAGAUAUAAUUUAGCAAGGUCUAGGACAAGGGUGGGAUUCGUGGAACAGUUCAAUAUCGAAUACAGUUAUUUAGUUAGAAAAUUUAGGGAAAAUUUUAUUACAUAAUCUAUUAAUUAAGUUAAUAUUUUAGAACACACACAAGUUUGAAUCAAGCUAAUUUUCUCUAUUCGCCAUCAGGUUUCUGACACAAGUUUGAUUUCUUCAAAGACAUGAAAUUUCUUAUUUCCUUAAAUGAAAUAACUCUUUAACCUGUAGUGUAACUUAUUUUUCAUUUUCUUAUUUUUUUUAUGGUUUGUUCCCGAGAUAUUUCAAUUUGUUUCAUAUGUAAAUGAGUGUGAAUAUAUCUGCUAUUUUAUGAUGUCAUAUUGGUGCUGAUGCAGAUGAUAAUUUCAAACUUCACUCACUGGUAUAUGUGAUGAAACAACCAUUGUAAGUUGAGCUUGCAACCAACAUGACAUCAUAAAUUAGCAGACACUCAUUUACAUAUCAAACAAAUUGAAAUAUCUCAGGAACAAACCAUAAAAACAAGAAACUGAAAAAUAAAUCACAGUACAACUUAUAAAGAGUUACUUCAUUAAAAAAAUCUAAAUUUUAUGUCAUAUACAAUUUAAGAUGUGAGAAAAGAGUUGAGUUGAAAAAAAUAAAUCACAUUAUUAUAUGGCAAGCAUUUGUUUUGAUGAAUCAUGCAAUUUGAUUGGCUGCUGACGAGGCAGGAUUUUCCCAUAUUGCCCACAGGCAAUACGCAAUUUUUUAUUGCCCGGCGACGGGAGCCGAGUUUCAAACAGCAAAAAGUGUCUAAAAGUCUUUCAACCUAUUCAAAACGAAGAAAAAUAAACCUGAACUAAAGAAAAGGAGCACCUUCUAUUGUUAAAGAAACAGAGUCAUUGUGCUUGCACUGAUUAUAUUGUGUGCAACACUUCAAAACUACAGUAGAUUUUGUAUAUAACAUUUAAAAAAAUAUCAAUUAUUAAAUACUAUUAAAAUUUAAUACAACGAAAUAGCAUUCUACGUUGAUAAUGUUAAUUAUAGUUAAAUAAUAAUUAUUUUCAAACUAUUAUAGUAAUUCAACGUUUCCAUGGGUUUUUAUACUCUCAAAAUGCUACAAUAAAGCUAAGUUAGUAGGAAAUAACAUUAUUACUCGCUGGGGCACUCUGUGCCUCAGACGAGUAUAGGUUUCGGCUUCAUGGAUCUCCAAUCAUCGAUAGCCACAAAAUAGAAUAUUAAUGAGCUGCCUAAUUUUUCCCCAAUUAUCCAUAAGACUCCUGCCAAUUUUACCCAAAUUAUCCAUAAAUAACCCUGCAUUUUGAGGAAAAUUUGGGAAAAUUGAACAAUUUUACAAGGAAUUUCGCACGGAAACAGCAACCUUCGCAAAUCGCAAGUUUAUACGUUUGGCUGCGCUGCUUUAAUAUAUUUUGAGAAGAAAGUGACAACGUUCGAUUCAUCGUAAGAAAUUGUACUCACAGAUGUCAAAUGUAUUACUAAACAGCAGUAUUCUAGCGAUUUAUGGCCUUUGAAAAUCAAGCGAAAUUGGUCAAAUUGUAUAAUUGUUGACAAAUCACUCGCACUACCUUUGUCCUUGUAUUUGUAAUGCCUCAUGGCGCAAUAACGAUAAAAAUAUCACCGUUCGGUUCGGGGUAAGACAUUGUACUAAACAAUAGUAUUCUAGCGAUUUAUGGUCUUUGUCUUUGAAAGACAAGCGAAAUUGUAUUGUUAACAAAUCGCUCAUACGGAUGUCAAAUGUAUUAUUACUAAACAACAGUAAUCUAGCGAUUUAUGGCUUUGUCUUUGAAAGCCAAGCGAAAUUGUAUUGUUGAUAACUUUGGUAUCAUUGGUUUUCUCUUUUUCGGCUGUAUACCAGUGGAUCCGUCUUACUUCUCUCUUCAUUUUGAUAGUAUUUUGAGCCCAAAAGCCCCCAAAUUAGUUUAUUUUGAACGUUUUAAAGCGUAGUGAGCAGCCUAGCGCACGGACCAACUGGCGGCUGACAGUCUUGAAGAAUGUAGCGUACUAAAUAUAACUUUACUUGUAGGGCCUACCGCAUUUUAGUACUGUGUUAAGCCUUUUGCGCUCGUAUUCGACUUUUUCGCUUAGUAAUGUGCGUAUUUGUAUGACUUGUAUAGCCCCAGCGGGUCAACGCUCCGCAGAGCGUCUUGUUUAGUUAUAAAAUAGUAAAGGAAAUGCAAAUAUAUUGACAUAAUAGCUAUUUUUCAAUAAAAUAUAUUGAUAUUAAACUUAUUGAAUCAAUAUUUUAAGUUUUAGCCAAUUGUACCAAACGUUUCGUGGUUUUGAUCAUGGUUUGAUCAUGGUUUCAUGGUUUGAUUUUGUGGUUUUGGUCACUUUGGGGUUCUUUUUUGAAAACGAUGUGAAAAAUCAAAGCAAUCUUACAAUAUUUAACUGUGAAUUAAAUUAUAAUGAUCAUAUUCACAAUUAUAAUUAUACAAAUCCCUUAUUCACUGCGAACAAUCUCAGAUCGAUUCGGAAAAAUGUAGUGCCCCAAGAAUGGCGGCGUGAGAAAGCCUAAUUCGCUCUGUACAACAGCCGUAAAUUAUUUUUAUAAGUUAUUUUAUACUGCAAUACAUAUCCUGUUAUUGCAAUAUAGCGUUAUCUAUAUACUUUCUAUGAUUUUGAUGGUAUGCAACAUGUACGCACUGCGUACCUAUUUUUAUCACUCCUGGUCACUCGUUGUCACUCAAUCGUGGUCAAGAUUGAGUUAAUAACUGAUUAUAGUCGUUGUACCAAAUUGAGCGAGUAAUUGAGCACUCGAUAUUGUGCAGCAAAAGUUGCAACGAAAAACAAAUAAAUUUGCAUUCAAUUAAAAAAACCUCCUGCUUUACUUUAAAAAAAAGUUAAAAGGUUAAGGGAAAGUACAUUUAUUAUGCCGAGGGGGGGGGGAUGAAGAUGUUAAGGGGGGCACCGAAAUGUUUUCUGGCAUUAAAGGGGGGGCUCUGAAAGUUCUUGAUAUACUGAGAGGGGGGGGGGGCUCUAAAUUUUUUAAAGUUUUGGUCCAGCAGGGGCCUGGAGGUUCACUCCCAUCAUAGUUAAUAGAAUAGAUGGUUUGGAAACUCCCCCCUACUCAGAGCCCCCUACUGUGAAAUUCAGGCAAAAAUCAUGUAAAAUUCAAGUUAAAACAUUACACCAACACAGAAAAAAUCAUGAUUAUUAGAUUACAUUGAUAUUGUAGAGAAUAUAGAGACCGACGUUAUAGAGACUGACGUUAGCAAAUAUAGGUGGCGUGGACGAGCGUUGAUCGAUAGUUUUAAAUCCGGACACUACAGGAAAGUUGUAAGACUGUUAAUAUUAAUAUAUCUUAAGAAAUAAAUUAUUACAUUGGUGGCAGCGGCAAACAAAAUAUAAAGAAUGUCUAGCGCUGAAUUACUUCAAGAAAUUGAGAGACUUACCAAGCGUGUUGAGGAACUGGAGAAGACAGAAAACGAUGCGACGCCAUCGUCGAGUUUAAACCUGCCCGUGGUUCAAGUAAAUAAUCAGAAAGCAAAGCCAGAUAACUACUCGGACGGCCCGUGGAACGAGUGGAUUAGUCACUUCAAGCUGUGUGCUCAGAUAAACAACUGGGACGACACACAGUGUUGCCAACAGCUAGCUGUUUCUCUUCGCGGUAGAGCUCAGCGAAUCUACUUGACGCUUCAAGAUAACGAGAAGACGUGUUUUGACGACCUAGUGAACACAUUACAGUCUAGAAUUCAGCCAGACCAACAAAGGAAAAUCCACAAGCUGACCUUCAAUGCGAGGAAACGAAAACAUGGGGAGAACAUUGUAGAUUUAGCAACUGAUCUGCGACAACUCGCUGCACUGGCGUACCAAAACAAGGAUAAGUCGCUUGUCGAGGAGGAACUCGUUGAACAAUUUAUCCGUGCCCUCGACAGUAAGGAACUACGUAUCGGAGUGAGUCAAAGUGACCCAAAAUCUCUCGAUUCAGAACAAUAAAAGUGGAGUUCUUGAGCCCAUGGUGCGAUUUGAAGAGCGCUAUAAAACUGGAAUAUUGAAGGUUGCUGCAACGAUACAGAAUGGACAAAUACCUGUGAGAUUAUUUAACCUCGGACCGAAAGGAAAAACAAUUUACAAAGGAAGCACUGUUGGAGAAUUUUGGCCAUUGUUAGAAGAUAAGAAUACAGAAACGGAAAACUGCUACUUUAUUGACACGCACAUCAUCGAGACUGAUAAAAAGCUGAUGAAAGGUGGAGGGCUUUGCUCGGUGGCAACGCCAAGUCUAGUGACAAAAGAAAAUAUGGACAUGGUUAAAGAACUUUUUCCAAUAGUAAACGAUUCAUUGUUAGAGAGCGAGAAAGAAAGCGUAUACAAGGUACUAGCACGUCAUACUGUAAUAGUCUCGGAAAAUAAAACGGACUUGGGAGAGGCGAGAGAUGUCCAACACUUUAUUAACACUGGUCAACAUAUCCCAGUUAAAGCUACACCGCGUAGAUUUCCGUUUCAUAAGCGUGAGGUUGUACGAGAAGAAGUGGAAUCGAUGCUUGCAAGCGACGUGAUUGAACCUUCCACAUCCCCUUGGUCGGCCCCGGUGGUGCUGGUGAGAAAAAAAGACGGGAGCGAGCGUUUCUGUAUCGACUACCGUAAACUGAAUGCGAUUACGAAGAAGGAUGUUUUCCCUCUACCGAGAUGCGACGAAAUAUUAGAAUCGCUUUCGGGGGCAGCCUACUUCACUCAUCUGGAUCUAGUGCGAGGUUAUUGGCAAAUCAAAGUCGCGGAGCAAGAUCGCGAGAAAACAGCUUUCUCCACACCAGACGGACAUUUUCAGUUUAAAAGAAUGCCUUUUGGGUUGACUAAUGCACCGGCAACAUUUCAACGAGCUAUGAAUACGAUUUUGGCGGGACUGUGCUGGACUGACUGUGUUGUAUAUUUGGAUGACAUUAUUGUGAGUGGGAGGACACUAGAAGAGCACAAUCAGCGUCUUGAGAACGUAUUUAGCAAGAUUAGAAACUGCAGGGUUGAAAUUGAACGCAAGAAAAUGUGAGUUUGUCCAACAGCGGAGUGUUAUUUUAGGACAUGUCGUUAGUAAGGAAGGGAUCUCGACGGAUCCCGAUAAGGUGAAAGUCCUGGAGAAAUGGCCUACUCCAAACAACCUAUCGGACUUGCGUUCGUUCCUUGGCUGCACGGGUUACUACAGGCAAUACAUCCGGGAUUACGCAAGAAUUGCCGAACCACUUUAUAGACUUGAACGAAAGGGAACGGUUUUCAAGUGGAACGACGAUUGUCAGAAAGCAUUCAACAUUCUAAAGACAAAAUUGAUAACGGCCCCAAUACUGACCUACCCGAGACUCGACAUUCCUUUUAUUCUUGAUACUGAUGCCUGUGAUACGGGGAUUGGAGCUGUGUUGUCACAACGCCAUGGAGAAGACGAAAAGGUUAUUGCCUAUGCCGCCAGGUCCUUAUCAAAAGCGGAAAGGAACUAUAGUACUACUAGGAAAGAACUAUUGGCCCUUGUAUGGUCGAUGGAACAUUUCGCAUCCUAUCUAAUAGGAAAACCAUUCAGAGCACGUUCUGAUCAUAAUGCACUGAGGUGGAUAAGAAAUUUUAAGCAACCUAAAGGACAAGUAGCACGAUGGAUUGAAAGAUUGUCCGUUUUUGACUUUGAAAUUGAACAUAGACCUGGACGUAGUCAUGGUAAUGCUGAUGGUGUAUCACGUAUACCUCAGGAUACUCGUGAGGUACAGAGUGGCCACGUAUGUAACGCAUCGAAUGGUAAUGACGAAACGAGCCCGUGGUGUCUGCGCUGGACAGCGAAGGAACUGAGUUUGCAUCAACACGAAUAUCCAGAGAUUUGUCGCGCGAUCGGAUGGGUGAAAGACGGUAAGCGACCACCGAAGGAGGAUAUAACACGUAUGGGUCCUCUAAUGGGCAAACUUUGGAGCAAAUUCGAUCAAUUGACGCUUGUUGAUGGACUUUUGUAUCGUAUUUUCGAGAACGAUAAUGGUAAUGACCGACAUCUUCAAAUUUGUUUACCACGAAAAUUAAUAAAAGAAGUUUUGGAGUUGACUCAUGAUAUUCCCAGCGUGGGUCACCUCGGUUCUCAGAGGUUAAAAGAAGUGAUAAAGAGAAGAUGUUAUUGCAGCGACUGGCAGUCAGAUGUCGAGAUGCAUUGCAAGAAUUGUCAGAUAUGCGCAGAACGAAAUGGACCGUCGAGAAAACGACGCGGAAUGAUGGUAUUGGAUCAACCGGGAUACCCAAUGGAACGUGUUGCUAUGGACAUCAUUGGACCACUACCUAAAACCCCUGAUGGUAAUCGAUAUAUAUUGGUGGUCGUGGACUAUUUCACGAAAUGGCCGGAGGCGUACGCGAUUCCAAAUCAAGAAGCACGUAUCAUUGCACAAAAAUUGGUGGAUGAGUGGAUUUGUAGAUAUGGAAUCAUGCAGCGACUGCAUACGGACCAGGGGAGAAAUUUCGAAAGCGCGGUCUUCAAAGAGAUAAUCGAUAUUCUUGGGAUAAAGAAAACCCGAACAACACCAUACCACCCUCAAAGUGAUGGCCUUGUUGAACGAAUGAACCGGACUCUGAAAGAUAUUCUUUCAAAGUUGGUCAAUGAACGUCAAGAUGAUUGGGACAGAUGUUUACCUCAAGCAUUGUUGGCGUACCGGUCCACCGUGCAAACCUCAACAGGGUUCUCUCCACAUUUCUUGAUGUUUGGAAGAGAAACAAGAAUCCCAGUUGACCUAAUGACACCUGAGCCCCCUCAAGCAGAAAUACCACCGACUACAUCAGAGUAUGCGGAAAAAUUGAGGAAACGUUUUGAAAGAACAUACGAGUUGACCAGAGUAAAUACAAAGAAAUCUAGCGAGCGAUAUAAAGACUACUAUGACGCGAAGGCGAAAGAUACGACGUACAACGUCGGGGAAAAGUAUGGUUGUAUGUACCAUUUGUCAAAAAGGGAAAGAAUUUGAAGCUAUCACGGCCGUGGCGGGGACCAUAUACGAUUGUGAAGAAAAUUUCAGAUGUGGUGUAUCGAAUCGAGAAAAAUGCCAACAAAAGGAAUAGGUUAGUAGUCCAUUACAAUCGUCUUAAACCGUGUUUUGAACGACUGUUGAAAAGUCUACCUAAUCGACCACCAAACGAGACGAAACUGCAAUCGAAAGAAACCACCGAAACGAGAAAAGAAAACGUGGAGAAUUGUAGUGGCCAAACCCCGCAAACGGAACCCCCAACCAACAGAGGAAAUGAUGAGGAUGAGUGGACAGUGAGGUAUUUUAGAAGAAAUUUGAGACAAAGUAGACCAA